AUGGCUAACGACGAGUAUGAUUUCCUCUUCAAAGUGGUGCUUAUUGGAGACUCUGGUGUUGGAAAAUCCAAUCUCUUGAGUCGAUUCACCCGAAACGAGUUCAACUUGGACUCCAAAUCGACUAUUGGUGUCGAGUUCGCAACCCGUUCCAUUCAGGUUGAUUCCAAGACAAUCAAAGCUCAAAUCUGGGAUACUGCCGGUCAAGAGCGUUAUCGCGCUAUCACGUCCGCCUACUAUCGGGGUGCCGUCGGUGCGCUUCUCGUUUACGAUAUCAGCAAGCAUCAGACCUACGAUAACGUCAACCGGUGGUUAAAGGAACUCCGUGAUCAUGCUGACUCCAACAUCGUUAUUAUGUUGGUUGGUAACAAGAGCGAUUUGAGGCAUCUACGAGCUGUUCCCACAGAGGAAGCCAAGCAAUUUGCCAGCGAGAACAACCUCUCCUUCAUCGAGACUUCCGCCCUAGAUGCGAGCAACGUUGAACUAGCUUUCCAGAACAUUCUCACAGAAAUCUACCGCAUUGUGUCUAGCAAGGCGCUCGAAGGCGAAUCUGGCGGUGCCUCGGUUGGCGAGCGCCGUCAAAUAAUCGACAUUGAGAAGACUCAGGAUACCGAGAACAAGGGAGGAUGCUGUUAA